AUGUCUCAAAACAACCAGAGCGAGCACCCUAGCCUCGUUGGCGGACACGUCGAGUACAUUAAAGGUGCCGCAGAGUCUACAAUCGGCAGUGUCACCGGCUCCCAUGCAUGGCAAAGCUCCGGCGAGCAGGCCAAGGCACACGCCACUGGAGUCAUGAAGGCAGCUGGCGAGGCCCGCGAUGCAUCGCAACAAGGGUACGGCAAGGCAGAGGAGAUUGCCGGAAAGGUCACGGGCUGCGAGGGGAUGCAAAAGGAGGGUCUUGCCAGCAAGAAGCCCGAGUAA